UUAUCAAGUAAACGUCACGUAACGGUUUCUUAACUGUUUGAGGUUAUGUUUUAUGUAAAAUUUCGAAAAAUUCUCCCGAAUGAUUGAGGCAAUUAUACAAGUUUUUAAUUUUGUGAAAUAUGUCGGUUACCUCUGCUUCGCCUUGAGCUUUAAAACGGGACAAACCAUCGUGAAUGGAAUUACUAUUUUUUUAGAAUACACCGGAAACAUCACAACUGGUAUACAAACGAUAACGAAGAUACUGACAGAAGACUUUUCUAUCUUUUGGAAGGAUAUUUCGCACCUCACUCAGUACAUCUUUAAUGUAAUCGGUGCAAUAUUUGAGUUUGUAUUUUGCAUUUAUGACGUUAUAAAAACAGUCAUUUCUAACACAAUAUUGGGAGUUGUGGGAAUCUACAAUGGUUUCUUCAGUGUUAUGGCCAAGCUAAUAAGGCUUACUGCGACAGUGUGUGUAACAACAAAGGAGUGGAUAUUACUGAUUGGAUCCGGAAUAUGGUUUGCUCUUACCUUGAUUCCUUUAUUCGUGGUCUACUUGUGUACGAUGACAACUUACUAUGUGGGCCUGCUUACCAGUGAAAUCUUUAAUUUAACGAUUCACUCAAUUGACAGCACGAAGAAUGUGUUGCAUUGCGGAUAUGAUUUCAUUACUGAUGUUCCUAUCGAUUCCUUAGCUGGAUUAGUUUUCGGAUUUUUUAUUAUUGUAGUUUUUAUCAAAUUGCAAGGGAUCAUAUACCAAAAAGUGCAGCUAUUGCUCCAAAUGAUCGGGAGAAGUUUCUCACGGUUUCAAUUACCAGUUAGACGUGCUCAAUACAGAAAUGCAAAUCCUCGACCAGUACCUCCACCAUCUGACAAAUCGGAAAGCAGCAGUUCGGAUGAUGAGCUCGAUUACCAGUCCAAUAGAAACUUGUGCUUAGUUUGUCAGGACAGCAGUAGAUGUAUGUUACUUUUACCCUGCCGUCACUUGUGUUUGUGCGAGCAGUGUGUCGGUCGUAUACGAAAUUAUGCUUACAACUGUCCGCUAUGUCGAUCUGCUGUAGAAGAGACAAUGAAAGUGUUUGUUUAGUCUUGAUCUACUGUAAAUAAUAUUGUAUCAAUAUUUUUACAUUUAUAUCAAAAAAAUAAAUUAUUUAAAACUCG